GCUAGCUUCAGGGAACAGGAGUGAGAGUGGGCUGGCCGAGGAGAGUGAGGAGUUGGGGCUGAGAGGAGAGGGCAGAGCCCGUAGCUGGCGGGUAAGGGCCCGCGGGAUGGGGAGGCGCGGCCGACUGGAAAGGUGGGGGGUGGGGCCCAUCUGGCAGGAGACAGUGGCCGAGUCGCGAGGAAGGAGGACGCGUGGACUUGCUGUGGUGCACGAAAGGAUGAGGCUACUGUAACCUGGGAAAGUUGAAAUGCAUUCCAAGGAAGACGGCUCAAGAAAAUGGCGGGUUGGCUCAGGCCCCGUCCUAGGCUUUUGGAUGGACGCUGUUGGAUGCAGACAUAACAAGGGAUCUGGAAUUGGAGAGGAACCCGAGGGGUGAAGGAAUUGCUGGGGGAGGGGUAGGGGAUGGCCGAAAGCUGAGCUAAUUAUAAUAUGAGGCUGAGGGUGGAACCCAGGAUCAAGGCUCAUGUCAUACACAUUGAGGGAGGAGAAGCAGCUUGAGGCAUCAUUAGAUGCACUGCUGAGUCAAGUGGCUGAUCUGAAGAACUCACUGGGGAGUUUCAUUUACAAGUUGGAGAACGAGUAUGACCGGCUGACCUGGCCCUCUGUCCUGGACAGCUUUGCCUUGCUCUCCGGACAGCUGAACACUUUGAACAAGGUCUUGAAGCAUGAAAAGACACCACUGUUCCGUAAUCAGGUCAUCAUCCCUCUGGUGCUGUCCCCAGACCGUGAUGAAGAUCUCAUGCGGCAGACCGAAGGACGAGUGCCUGUUUUCAGCCAUGAGGUGGUCCCUGACCAUCUGAGAACCAAGCCCGACCCUGAGGUCGAAGAGCAAGAGAAGCAGCUAACAACAGAUGCGGCCCGCAUUGGUGCUGACGCAGCUCAGAAGCAGAUCCAGAGCUUGAAUAAAAUGUGCUCAAACCUUCUGGAGAAAAUCAGCAAAGAGGAACGGGAAUCGGAGAGUGGAGGUCUCCGGCCAAACAAGCAGACCUUUAACCCUGCAGACACCAAUGCCUUAGUAGCCGCUGUGGCCUUUGGGAAGGGGCUAUCUAAUUGGAGACCUUCAGGCAGCAGUGGUCCUGGCCAGCCGGGCCAGCCCGGAGCUGGGACCAUUCUUGCAGGAGCCUCAGGAUUACAGCAGGUGCAGAUGGCAGGAGCUCCAAGCCAGCAGCAGCCGCUGCUCAGUGGGGUACAGAUGGCUCAAACAGGUCAAACAGGGAAAAUGCCAAGUGGAAUAAAAACCAACAUCAAGUCAGCUUCAAUGCAUCCCUACCAGCGGUGAGUGUGGCCGGCAACCUCCACUCCCAGGUGCCCCUUACAGAGUUGGGCAGUGAAAUUGCCUUUUGCUCAAAGUGAACUACAUGGGUACAAUAAAGAGAACAUGGGCUUUCAGCACCAGACAGAUCCCAGCUCUACCACUGACUAGCUGAGUGACCUUGGGCAAGUGACCUCAUUUUUCUCAGCCUGUUUUCUUAUUUGUAACUGGCGAUGAUACCUACCUCAUAGGGUUGUUGUGAGGAUUAAAAUGAGAAAAUGAAUGUAAAACACUUAGUAUAGUCUAUGAAAUGACGGGUAUUCAAUAAAUGGUAGUUUCUACAGCCA